UCUACAGGUGCUGACUGCCUAAUGGGCGUGUAUCUGUUCUUCGUCGGUGUGUUCGAUAUGAAGUACAGGGGGCAAUAUAACCGCAACGCUCUGAUGUGGAUGGAGAGCAUCGAGUGUCGAACCAUCGGCUUCCUGGCCAUGCUCUCCUCAGAGGUGUCAGUUCUCUUGCUGACCUACCUGACCAUGGAGAAGUUCCUGGUCAUCGUCUUCCCCUUUAGCCACCUGCGGCCUGGAAAGUUCCAGAUUGUGGUGGUGCUGGUGUCCAUCUGGCUGCUGGGCUUCGUGAUCGCAGCCGUGCCCCUCAUGAACGAGGACCUGUUUGGGAACUAUUACGGCCGUAACGGGGUCUGCUUUCCCCUGCACUCAGACAGGCAGGAGAAGCCAGUGGCGGAGGGAUACUCCACGGGCAUAUUCCUGGGUCUGAACCUGGUAGCGUUCCUGGUGAUCGUGUUCUCCUACUCCAGCAUGUUCUACUCCAUCUACAACACGGGCAUCAACGCCACCGACGUGAGGAGCCGUCUCCAUAGAGACGUCGCCGUGGCCAACCGCUUCUUCUUCAUCGUGUUCUCGGACGCCCUCUGCUGGAUCCCCAUCUUCCUCGUCAAGAUCCUGUCUCUGCUGGAAGUGGAGAUUCCAGGCUCCAUCUCGUCCUGGGUGGUGAUCUUCAUCCUGCCCAUCAACAGCGCCCUGAACCCCAUCCUCUACACCCUGACCACCAGCUUCUUCAGGGAGCAGGUGGACGUGUUGCUGUGCCGCUGGCAGAGGAGGUCCGCCCUGAAGAAGGAUCGCAAGAGCGUCACCUCCUCCACCAUCUACGCGGAGGCCUUGCGGCAUGGGUACUUUGAGCCCCCCUCCUGCCCCCCCCGCAUCUCCCUGACAGACAUGGAUCCCCGGUACGGGUGAGGGCGGUGGGAGGUGGACGGAGAGGGGUAUAAGGUGAAGGCG